CUAAUAUGGAAUGCAGCAGGAAACUCAUGAUUUCCUGACCCUCGGCAGGCUGGAGGAAGCCAGGGGGAAACUCCAUGAACAAGCCCAGCUUUCCUCCAUGUUCCCUGUGAAGUGGACAACAGAGACGCGUCGUGGACGAAAUUCCACCACUGCGCCCUCCACCAGGCUGGAGAGAGAAGAGUAGAAGGUGGAGGGAAAAAGCCUCGGGCUCCUGAAAUUUCCAGACUGCCAGACUACUACAAGUUUGUAGAAAGGAAGGUUUCCUUCCCUCAAGUCGAUUUAGAGAAAAGGAACUGAGUUUUCUUUUUCAUCGUUUCCCUGCGCCCACCCCAGGAUGUGUUGCUUGUGCUUUGCGGUGUGGUGAGCCCCAGGGCAGCCCUGCGCCUGCCAUGUGCCUGCGGGCUGCCAGGUAGGCAAAGGCGGGCAGCGUGAAUCCUCUGCCUGGAGCUCACUUCCCACAGCUUCAUGCGCUCUGGUAGCAGCAGCAGCAGCAGCAACAACAGCCUGAGCCCCAAGAAUGAACUGCAAAGAGGGGAACGAGGGCAGCUGCAGCUGCCAUGGAGGCGAUGCUGAGAAGAAGAUGCUGAAAUGCGUGGUGGUGGGAGAUGGCGCGGUGGGCAAAACUUGCUUGCUGAUGAGCUAUGCCAACGACGCCUUCCCGGAGGAGUACGUGCCCACGGUGUUUGACCACUAUGCAGUUACUGUGACGGUGGGAGGCAAGCAACACUUGCUGGGACUCUAUGACACAGCAGGACAGGAGGACUACAACCAGCUGCGGCCGCUCUCCUACCCCAACACCGAUGUGUUUUUGAUCUGCUUCUCCGUUGUCAAUCCUGCCUCCUAUCACAAUGUCCAGGAGGAAUGGGUCCCGGAGCUGAAGGACUGCAUGCCUCAUGUGCCUUAUGUCCUCAUCGGGACCCAGAUUGAUCUCCGAGAUGACCCCAAAACCUUGGCUCGUCUGCUGUACAUGAAGGAGAAGCCCCUCACCUAUGAGCAUGGCGUGAAACUUGCCAAAGCGAUCGGAGCCCAAUGCUACUUGGAGUGCUCGGCCCUGACGCAGAAAGGUCUCAAAGCGGUUUUUGAUGAAGCAAUCCUCACCAUCUUUCACCCUAAGAAAAAGAAGAAAAGCUGCCCUGAGUGUUGCAGUGGCUGUUCCAUUGUCUAAGGGGCCUGACAAGUCCCCAGCCCCAAAGGAGGGCAUGAACAGACAGGAAGUCCAGCCCACCGAGCGAGUCCUCCACCUGCCACCCAUUCCCAGCACAGCCUCCUAGCGCCAGCUGCCCUGCCCCACCCUGCCAGCCAGAAGCACCCCCACCAAACACCCCCACCGCACCCGUCCCCCGCCAGGACCCCGUUGGACAUGGUGAACGCAAGGUCAAAGGUCAUCCCACAGGGUCCAUCUCCUACUCCUGAACUCAAGCUGAUACAGGAAAAUCAAAGUAGUGUCGUUUCCCAUACUGUGGCCUUAUUCUCUGUCUUCACAAAACCUGGGGAUACAGCACUAACCUUUCCUCCAUUGCUCUUUUACCCAUGUGUCUUAUAGUCAUUUAUAUUACAAGCAAUUGCCUUAUAUCCAACUUCCUCAGGCCAUAACAAAUCCAUACCAAAGUAGGCUAAAGACAAGGGAGUGGACACUCAUUGCUAUUUUCAGCAGGUUUCUACCAAGUUAUGAGAAUCAGUGUAUGUUUCUGAAUGCCUGAUUGUAAAGAAACUUUAAAAACACUUUUAUAAAUUUACAGAGCCAUACGUUUUGAACCUGGUUGGAAUGAAACAGUACUUGAAUUAUUGAAAGUCCACAAUUUUGCCAAAGAUUUUAAUCUGUGAAUUGCUUACAUUGCUAAGUAACUGCUUUUUUCCCAUAUCAUAUGAUCAUGUAAACUAAAGACAAACUGUGUUUAAGAAAGUAGUACUUCUGCUUUUCAUCCAAAUGACAAGGGCAAGAAUAUGGCUGUAUCUAUCUUUGAAAAUACUCUGUGUAUGUGUGUAUGUGUGUGUGUGCAUGCACAC